CCGCACAUUCCUACUUUAUUACGAUUCUUUCUUCGGUUAAGUGAGAAAAUGAUCUACAAGUGGAUAUUACUUUUCUUUAAUAUUUCUUGGUGUCUUUGCCUCGAGAGUCGACCAGAUCCACGCAUAGUUGGCGGGUUUCCAGCUGAUAUUGCCAACAUUCCGUAUAUAGUAUCCAUACAAUUAUUCGGCAUACACCAUUGUGGUGGCUCCAUCAUAAAUAAACAUACCAUUUUAACUGCCGCCCAUUGCUUGAACGGAGUUUCGUAUCGUCUGCUGAAAGUUAAAGUUGGUGGAACAUCAAGAUAUCGCCAAGAUGGAGAAUUAUUCUCAGUGUCCGGUCUGCAGAUACAUGACAAGUUCAAUGCCAAGACUAUGGAUUAUGAUAUUGGAAUAAUCCGGCUAACCAAAAAUCUAACGUUGUCCAAUAAGGUAAGGGCCAUCCCCGUUAGCCCCAAAAGAAUAGCCGAUGGAACAUAUGCUACCAUAGCCGGUUGGGGAUUCAAAUCCAUGAAUGGUCCUCCAUCAGAUAGUUUAAGAUAUGCUAGAGUUCCAAUUGUUAACCAGACAGCGUGCAGAAACUUACUGGGAAAAAGUGUAACUGAUCGGAUGCUCUGUGCAGGAUACCUUCGUGGGGGUACGGAUGCCUGCCAGAUGGACUCAGGAGGACCCUUGUCAGUGAGGGAGGAACUGGUGGGCAUUGUGUCCUGGGGAGUUGGGUGCGCCUUGGCCGAUAAGCCAGGCGUCUAUUCACGCCUCGAUGCAUUGUAUCCCUGGCUAAGCAAGGUCUUAAAUAAACUAAACUGAAACUUUAUUCUAGUUAUAUUGUUUGUGUAAAUCCGUUAUCGCUACCUCACGGUUAGCAAACAUCAAAAGGCCAUAAAAAUAUGUGCCAAGAAAAUGCUUUCACCUUUAAAGUGAAUUUAUGCUUUGGAGAUUUUACCGCCAAAAAAGCUUAAAGGUCCAUAAAAAUGCCAAAAGUUUAUUAAUAAAGAAGAGAAAAU